CGGGAACGCGCAGGCGGUCUUGAACACCCCCCUCCCCUCCCCGGUCCUUCAUUGUGCAGCCGAGGAAACAUCGCAAGGUUUCGACGACGUUGGUAUGAAAUGGCAGAAACUGCUUGUGUCACGGAAGCACAAAGAUUAGGUUACGUUGAAGCUACACAUGUAUUUUGCGAUGACCCUGGCCUGCUAGCGUGAGGGGAAACGGGAGCGUAUCCGGAGGGAAAAAAAAGAGGGAUUAAAAAGCUGCUUUUUGUUUUCUCCGAAAAAGAAAAAGAAAAAACAACAACAAAAAAACGUCCGGGUUGUGUCUCCAGCAGCAGCAGGCAGGCAGCAAACGGCGACUGACUGCGGGUCGACACUGGUGGAAUUAACCGGAGAGAGGGUCUUGAGAGGAGAGCUCCACUUGGAUGCCCAGUCACAGCGUUUGUCCAAGGCUUCACCAUGAACCGGAACAAGCGUGAAAAGGAGUACUACAGUAUAGAUGUGGGAGAUUCGACUUUUAUGGUUUUAAAGCGCUACCAGAACCUCAGACCUAUCGGAUCCGGAGCACAGGGAAUUGUCUGUUCAGCGUACGACCACAACUUGGAGAGGAACGUCGCCAUCAAGAAGCUGAGCCGGCCGUUUCAGAAUCAAACUCACGCAAAACGAGCCUACAGAGAACUGGUGCUCAUGAAAUGUGUCAACCACAAGAACAUAAUCGGCCUAUUAAACGUAUUCACGCCACAGAAGACACUGGAAGAAUUCCAAGAUGUGUAUCUAGUGAUGGAGCUGAUGGAUGCCAAUCUGUGCCAGGUGAUUCAGAUGGAGCUGGACCACGAGAGGCUGUCCUACCUGCUCUACCAGAUGCUGUGUGGAAUCAAACACCUGCACGCUGCCGGCAUCAUACACAGGGACCUGAAGCCCAGCAACAUUGUGGUGAAGUCUGACUGCACAUUGAAGAUCCUGGACUUCGGCCUGGCCAGGACAGCUGCCACCGGCCUCCUCAUGACGCCCUACGUGGUCACCCGCUACUACCGUGCCCCUGAAGUCAUCCUGGGCAUGGGCUACCAGGCCAACGUUGAUGUCUGGUCUGUUGGCUGCAUCAUGGCUGAAAUGGUCCGGGGUAGUGUGUUGUUUCCAGGCACCGAUCAUAUCGACCAGUGGAAUAAGGUGAUCGAGCAGCUGGGGACACCGUCUCAGGAGUUCCUGAUGAAGCUCAACCAGUCAGUGAGGACCUACGUGGAGAACAGGCCACGGUAUGCCGGCUACAGCUUCGAGAAGCUCUUCCCCGAUGUCCUGUUCCCUGCAGACUCCGAACACAACAAACUAAAAGCGAGCCAAGCUCGAGACCUACUAUCCAAGAUGCUGGUAAUAGACGCGUCAAAGCGGAUCUCUGUGGACGACGCUCUCCAGCACCCUUAUAUCAACGUGUGGUACGACCCGACUGAAGUGGAGGCGCCACCACCCGUGAUCACAGACAAGCAGCUGGAUGAGAGAGAGCACACAGUGGAGGAGUGGAAAGAGUUGAUAUACAAAGAAGUCUUGGACUGGGAAGAGAGGACGAAGAACGGUGUCAUCAGAGGACAGCCAGCGUCCAUAGCACAGGUUCAGCAGUGAGCAGCGGCCCCCGGCAGCACCACACCUCCACGUCCUCCUCCGCCAACGACGUCUCCUCCAUGUCCACCAACCCAACCCUGACCGACACCGACAGCAGCCUGGAGACGGCCAGCGCCGCCGCUGUCCCUGCCGCCGCCGCCGCUGCUACAGCCAACGCCCCCCUGGGCUGCGGCAGAUGACUAUCAUCUAAACACCUCCUCCCGGGCUGGGCCUCGUCCCCUGGUCACAUCCAAGACCACUAGCCCCGACACUGGCCCCUCUGUAUUUGCCUCCUCUUCUUCCUCCCACCUCCUCUCUGUGCUUGUCUUCAGUAGUGUAGAGAUUAGCCAGCUAGCUGUUUGAGUUUUAUUUUGAUUUCUGAAAUGACAGAUCUUAUUUUUUAUUUUUAUUUUUAAAGAAACAUUAGGAUUUCUUUUUUUUGUUCGAGUCCUAGCUGUAAUUUAUUGUGGCAUUUCUUAAUUUUUCAGAAACCUAAGAUGAUAAGAGAAUUUUUAUGAUUUCACUAUGUUCCGGUUUCUAUUAACCGACAGUGAGAAUUUAAAGAAAUACCUGUAAAAUGUUUUAAUGUGAUCUAUUUUUCUGUUGAAAGUCAUUUGUUUCACUUGUAAGCUACUGCUUUUACAACUUGCCAUAUAAAUGUAGAUUGAGUUUGUACAGAUUUUAUGGUAGAUGUAGUUUUAUCUUCGAUACAAGUUUGCAGUGAGCCAUUGAAACAUAAUUGAAUGACAGAUGGUCUCCCCUGAUCUGUUUUAUCUCACGAUAUGGAUACUGUUUGAAAUGCAUACAACAUGUCCAUUUAUUCUGAGAUCACGUAGAUUUACGUUAAAAUCUUCUUUUUUCUUUCUUUCUUGUGAAUCACUACUACUUCCUACAUUGUAAAUGAAAGCUUUAUGAUUUACUCGUUCACUUCCUGUUCAGACAUAAUAGGAUUAUAAAAAUGAUUCAUUUUACCUUCUAAAUUUAAGAUAUGGGAUUGAUAAUGGCACAGUUAGGGUCCCGCAAGAUAACGUGGAGCUUUUGGACAACUGUCUUCUGUAUUUUUUAAGUGCUUUAAAGUACCUCUUCCUCUUGUCUGCGACAGGCUGUGUGACAUUAUGGAACCGGAGAGGAGAGGUGGUAUUGCUUUGGAGGACUGGAUGCACGGAGCUCUUUCACGUUCUUCACCGGCUUGCUUUGAUACUGAGGUAGUGUUAACGACAAAACCCCACCGGGCACUCGUCUGUCACGUCGCGGCAGCGAUGGCUGUUUUAAUCCGUUCUCCAUGCGACUUCAAACCCCAUCAGGAGUGUUUUAGAAACCCGCUAGACAUUGUUUACUUGCUCAGAUUUGGUCUUUUUAUCCCUGGUUUAUGUGCUUCUAAAUAUGCUACAUAGUUAAAGAGUUUCCCUUUUGUCUGUUCUUAGGAUCAGAGGUUUCAAACACCCUGUGCGUGUUUGAUUUUGAAAAUUGACCGGGUUCUCUGUGCCGUUUCUUUAGCAUCUCUGUGCAGGUUGACCCAAACUGUCUGUGGUGUCCAUCAAAAAUAGAACAAACACAUUUUCCUAGCAGAGUAGAGCGGAGACCCGCUUCUGAACCAUACAACGGUACUUCUGGUGGGGACUGAAACAUUGGCUAGAAUGCAUUGCAUCCGUGCCUGGUGGAAUUUUGCCGUAACAGUUCUGGAUUUGAGGAAUGUUUUGGGGGGGGCUUUAUUGUUGCGCUUUGGGAGGUUUUUCCGAGAUGUAGAGUUGUGUGAAGUCGUUAAAUUGGUGAAUUGUAAGUAGAAUGUGUUUCAGACGUGUAGGGGAGUUGUGAUAUUGAGAACGCAUGUGAACCUGUUGAUAUUCGAUGUCUUGGAGGGAUUGUGAUUCUGCAGCCUGAUGGAACGGUGUGAAAAAGAUGUCUGCUUCCUACAGAUCCUGUUAUUAGUAAUGUGCUUUUGUGAAUCUGGAAAUUUGAGAGUGAUUUUUCUAAAGAGUUGGCCAAAUUCUUGAUGUACCGGACUUGCCUGCGGUUGUGAAUAAAAAGUCAAAGAACCUAAAAACUUAGCAUGUUAAACAGCAGCACAAACAACCAGUCAAAAGAAACAGUUCAUUCUUAUGGUAUGCAAUAAUAGUGCCCUUUUUGAGUGUUUUUGAUUUAGCUUGGAAAGGAAAAGUGCCUGUUUGUCAUUCAUUCCUGAGUACCUGGGAGGAAGUGUAUUCAUUAUAUGUCUGGUUUUUAUGGCGUCUGGAUAACAACAGUAGUUUCCAUAUCAAACCAAUAAUGUGUGAUGGGGUUGUAGUUCUCACAAAUCGUAUUGUAUAUUUUUCUACUUGUUUUGAUUUUGACCCUUGAGCGGGAGACAGCGGUGUCUUGCAGGGUAAGAAGGUGAUGACGUAUAGGUUGAGAUGCUCAAGCACGUGUUUGAGUCAUUUCAGAAGAAGAGGCAGUUUUAUUAAGGUCUUUCAUCAAAGUAAAAAGAAGUGUUUCUUUGCAGUGACAGCAACCGAAAUAUAGGUUAAAUAACAGUUUUUCGGCUUUUCUUUGAGUACUAAUUUAACGUAAUGAUUGUAAGAGAGAAGAAUGAACGGAAUAGACAUGCUUUAAAAUUCAUCUACUGGAUCAAACUAAACGAGUCAACUCUGCGACUGCAUUGUUGUCAGUAUUUCGUGGUGGUUUCGGAUACUGUUCACUGUUGGAAGGCAGAUCGAUGGUUUAGUUACGGAGACAUAUCUGAGAGGCAGAGCCAAACAAGCACAGUGUUUUUGGCUAAUUCAUUGGUUUUAUUGGCUUAAAGCUAUCUAGCCAAGUUGUGUAAUAUCAUGACCAUAAAUGAAUGACCCAAUUGCUAUAUUCAGUUUUUUGCUCUGCCUGCGGGAAAUGUUUGCAUAACUAAAAUUCCCAUCUGCAAGAGUCAGAGUUAGGAUGUAUUUACCGUCAUGGAUCAUGAGCAGGUGUUAUGGUUGGUUAAUGGAGGCAUAAACAUUACUGCGUCUGUCAAGAACCUGCCUUGGUCUGUGAUGAAGACUUUUCUUUUUAAGAAAGCUCAAAGCAAAGUUGCAAGAAAAGGUUGUCUUUAGACUGUAGCAUAUGCUACUGUAGCUCUGUGUUGUGCUCCACUUUAGCAACAUGUUAUUGUCUGCCAAAUACGUAAAGCUAAAUACAGUUGAACCAUUUAUUUAAUGCCGUGAUUCCUCAUGCUGACGCACUGUGGCUUGUUCUCCGUUUCCAGUUCUGUACUUGCACCAGCUAUUCGUAAAUCCAUUACCGCAAGAGUGUGUGUGUGCGUCUGUGUCCUGCCGAAGUUCUUUGUAACAACUAGCUAAUUUCAAACUAGUCAUUUAGUAAAUCGGGUUGCACCAUUAAAACUUAUUGAACGCCUUAGCCUGUUGCUAGAAAUAAUCUGUAUCAAUGUCAGAUCAAAAUCAAAUCAUCUAUGAAAUUUGAAUUUAAUGGAGCAUCGCAAGCUAUAUAAAAAAAAGUUUGUUGGACAAACUAUAUUAAUAAAAUUAUAAUAUAUUAAACAGCCAGCCACCAUCAUGUGUAUUUCAAAAUGAGUGGCAUCAAUUUAUAAUAAAUGAAAAGUAUUCUCAUUAUGCUAUAUUUAAGUACGCCAUUCAGUCUGACGUUAUUAGCAUAACGUUUUGUGAUUUGUGCUAUUUUAUGUUAUUUUUUGUGAAUUUUUGUUUGAAAUUUUAAAAUCUUCCUAGUUUACAUGCGUCAUUAUUUAACAGCAUUUUAUCAAGUGUUCUUCACAGCAUCGACCAUAUCACAAUACCUCUUUUACUCUACAAUCUAAACGGGUAAUAUAUUCGUCAGUUAGCAUUUUUAGGUAUAUGUGAGAAAACAUUAGCUUUGUCACUGAGCUAUGCAACAGUUAACAGUUGAUAUAUUAGCAAGCUAACGUAAGCUUUGUCACUUACCUGAACAACAGGUAACGUUUAAUGUAUUAGCAAGCUAACGUAAGCUUUGUAAGUUACCUGAACAACAGUUAAACCUGGCAGUUACUGGGUGUAAAUAUUUAAAUGAAGCUAAUCUCCAAGAACUAGUUUAUGUGGUGCAACCCAUUUUAAUUUUGUGAUGCUAAAUCUCCACCUCGUAAACACUUUCAUUUGAAGUUUGAACUUACGAACAGCUGGUGCCACUGGCUCCUGCUCCCUUUUCAAAAAAAAUAAAAAUUCAAAAGGAAAGGUUUGUAUAUUAUUAAGCAUCAAGAGUUUGCUAGUAAGGUGCAGUGGAAGCGACUGCAGAGCCAGAUUAGUAUAGUACAAAACUAAAUUCAAUCUGCAGUCCAUUAUCGUAGAUUCCAACAGCAAAAAAAAGUAAUUGUUCAGUAGUAAAUGUGCAGUAGUGUUUUUGAUAAAUGAGGAUUAAUGGUGAAUAAGCAGUGUCACAUCUGUACGAAGGGAGAAAAUCAGUGGUAUGUAUCCAUUUGUCAUAUUAGCUAAAAUAAUCAAUCAGAAAAAAACACACUUGUCUAAAGUGCUCUUAAUUUUCUUAGCCCAACAUUAGGGGCUUUAAUUGGAGUUUUUUCUUCUUCUUAGGUUGUUGUUGCUUUUUUCUUUUUCUUUUUUUUUUAUAAUUACCGCAUCUCUCCAAAUAAUGUCAUUUUGAUUUAAGUCUGCUUUGAUGAACUACCUCACGCUGAAUUUCUGCCAGUUCUUGCAUAUACUUAGUCGCCUGCAGAAUUAGCUAUCGAAGACGUGUGAAUAACAGAUUCCAUUAUUUAUUUAUUUGAAAGUGUACUAUUUGUUGGUUUCAACAGACUUCUAGUUUUGUACAUUAUGUAUACUUCACCUAGAAGUAAGAGAAUUGUUAUAUGUAUUUUUUGUUCUUUUUUUUUUUUUGGUUUGUUUUUAAACUAAAUGUGCAAUACCUUCAGCAAACUGUGCUAGUAGUAUGUGAUGGGCCUAGCCUUUGUUAGCUGUCUCCUGAAGGUAAAGAAAAUGUUUGGUACUGUCAAUCCAUGUUUUCCUUUUUUAUGAAUAAGAUCAAUUUUUAUUUCUGUGACUUGUUUAUAGUCAUGAUGUUACGUAAUCAGUCUUACCCACCAGACAAAUCUGUCGGCCGGAGGUUUGACGCGGAGACGCAACGUUCUUUGAGUCACAAUCUGGCCGACAGAUUUUGAUUUGAGAAUGUGGUAAGGACAAUAAUGUUAAUAAACACAAAAAAGAUGAGUAAAUACCUACAAGAAAUCAUUAUAUGUAUGGUGCUGGUUUGUAAUGUUUGCUAGUGAAUCCAGCCAUGCAAGUAGUUUUAAGAAUUCCUGGAUCUGCGCGUCCCAAAAACCGCAACCAACGAAAAAGUGCACUACUAGAAUACAUGCACUGGGAUCUGAUGAUGCCACCUCUUAAAAAAAUAAAAAUAAAAAAACAUGUACUGCAAAUAAAAGAAAUACACUUUGA